AUGGCCACCACUAGAAGUAAUAAUAGUAUCAUCAGAAGCGGCAGCAACACCUCUUCAUCAACAAGGAGAAAUUACUAUGACGUGUUUGUAAGCUUUAGAGGUACAGAUACUCGCCUCAAUUUCACUGAUCAUCUUUUUGGAGCCCUCCAAAGAAAACAUAUUUUUGCAUUCAGGGAUGACACUAAGCUCAAUAAAGGUGAAUCCAUAGCACCUGAGCUCCUUCAAGCAAUUGAAGACUCUCGGGUCUUCAUUGUGGUUUUCUCUAAGAACUAUGCUUCCUCAACUUGGUGCUUGAGAGAAUUGGAACACAUCCUUCUUCACUGUGGUCAACGACCAGAAAAACGAGUUAUGCCUGUUUUCUAUGAUGUUGAUCCUUCUGAGGUGAGACAUCAAAAGGGAACUUAUGGCGAAGCCUUAGCUAAACAUGAACAAAGAUUCCAACAAAACUAUGAGAAGGUGCAAAGAUGGAGGGAAGUUCUAGCACAAGUCGCAGAUCUCUCUGGUUGGGAUGUUCGUCAUAAGCCACAAUAUGCAGAGAUUGAAAAGAUUGUUGAAGAGAUUAUAAAUUUAUUAGGUUACAAGUUUUCAAGUCUUCCAAAGGAUUUAGUAGGGAUGCACUCUUCUUUACACGAAUUAGAAAAGCAUUUACUUUUGGGCUCGCUUGAAGAUGUUCGUGUUGUUGGAAUUUGUGGUAUGGGUGGAAUAGGAAAGACAACUCUCGCUACUGCUUUAUACAACAAAAUCUCUCAUCAAUUUGAUGUGUGCUGCCUUAUUGACGAUUUAAGCAAAAGUUAUAGGCAAGAUGGUCCAAUCAGUACACAAAAGCAAAUUCUACUUCAAACUAUAGGCGAUCAACAGUUUCAAUCAUUCAACUCUUGCAACACAUCUAACCAAAUAGGAAGUAGACUGCGUCGUGUAAAGGCCCUUAUAACUAUUGACAAUGUUGAUCAAGUUGAGCAACUCGAGAAAUUAGAUCGUGAAUGGUUUGGUCCGGGGAGUAGAAUAAUUAUUAUUUCUUAG